AAAUACAUAAACCCAGAAUUGCCAAUCCCGUCGGUGAUUCGCGAUAAUCCCUCUCAGUCGCGUUCUCUUCUCCAUCUAUCCUGUCAUCGGCAAAAAUAUCUCUCCUGCUGCUCCGCCCCGUCGCCGUUGAGGAUGGAGACGCCCCUCGCCAUUGAGGAAGGAGAGGAAAGGCCCGACGGGCAAGCUGCUGCUCCGCCCGUCGCCGGUGAGGAAGGAGAGGGAAGGCCGAAGCGGCUGACUGCUGCUGCUCCACCCCAUUUGUUGAGGAAGGAGAGAGGUCUCCUUCUCUGCUGCUGCUCCGGCGGUUCUGGCCCUGGGUCUCUCCGACUUUGGUGUCGCACUAAUACCCACAGCAUCUCGUCGGCAGAGGGAAAGAAGGGUACAGUUUUGCAGGUCGGGUUGAGAGGAAAAUCGUCAUCAGUUCGAGGUUGGAAAGGAAAAUGACGAUCAACAAUGAGAUGAAACCCAGUGACGGAAUUGGGGUCCUGAUGUUCCCAUGGCUAGCUCACGGACACAUCUAUCCGUUCCUCGAAGAAGCUGUUGGAAAUUCGGAAUGGCUAACCACACCAACCAAAACCGAACCAACGUGACUCCUGCCAAAACAUGCAUGGAUGCAUUUUAUAGAGAAGCAAUGUUUCAUUCAAAUUGAAAUGGGAUGGCAGUUAUCCCAUGCAACGUUUCAUUUAAAUGAAAUGGUGGGUUGCUUUGCUUUGGCACGUUUGGAAAUAAUGGUUUCUGGUGGAAGACAUGGAUAAGGACAAUUAAGUGAAUGAUCAUUAUCCAUGAUUAUGUCCACGGGUUGCAACUUUUCCUUUGAAACAAUGUACUGCUUCGGAUUGAAGCAACAUAUUGGUUCGGCCUCUAUAAAUAAGAGGUGAUGCAUGUGAAAAGGAGAGACAACAACACACC